AUAAGGUUAAAAACGGAUCCUUCAAUUUGCGCGGCGGCGAAUAAAAAGGGCGACCACGGUGCUACGCGACUGCGGAAGUGGUUUGCGUGCGAUCUCCCUUGGCUCAUUUUUCGCUAAGCUUUUCUCCGUCUGAAUAAUGACGUCCUCGAAGCGAAAGCGCGACGCCGUGGAAGAUAGUGCCGACGGUAGCGACAAGAGCAGUACCGGGAACAGUUUCUUCGAUAUAUAUGGACCCGAAGCCAAACCAGAACUCGUUUUCAAGCGUCCCGAAACAACAUUGAACUUACAAGAUGUUCAGGGACUUGUGACAUGGGUUCUUUCAGAAGGCUAUAUGCCCAAUUGGGUUUUCAUCAAGAACAAGCCUCUGAUUCCAAAGGUUGUCAUGCUCUACCUUCCUGGAUUGGAUGCAGCUUUGUACUUAUCACAGUCUAAGGCACUUGCUAAUUUGAAAUCAUGCUGUGGCAAUCCUAUUCCGCUUUUAGCUUUGAGCUGUGUAGUUGAUGAGAUGAAGACGAUCGAUACGCUACUUACUUGCAAGGGUAAAAAGAAGAAGAAAACUCUUACUCAUUCAGUGGAACUACCUCUCCUAGUAUCUAAGCCAGAAGCAUGCAAUCUGGUGGGCAAAUCAUUCACAGAGCUCACAAAAGAUAUACCAUUCCCUGUUUCAUACUAUACUCUAAGUCAAAAGGAAAUGGAACAAAAUGGAUACAAUUUUAAGACAGAGUUUAUUUCUACACUUCCUGGAUCAUCAGAAUCAUCUCCCCAUGAAAUUUUGGCUCUUGAUUGCGAGAUGUGUACCACAAAAGAUGGUUUGGAGUUGACAAGAGUGACGCUUGUGGAUAUCCAAGGACAGGUUCUAUUAGAUAAAUUAGUCAAGCCAACAAAUCAUAUCACGGAUUACCUUACAAUGUAUAGCGGAAUAACACCUGAGAUGAUGGAGGGAGUUACAACAACUAUUAAAGACAUUCAGGAAGAGUUCUUGAAGCUGGUUUUCAAAGAGACAGUAUUAGUGGGACAUUCGUUGGAAAAUGACUUGUAUUCUCUGAAGAUCUCUCACAAUCUGGUGAUUGACACUGCAGUGCUAUACAAGCAUCCACGGUCUGGAUCUUAUAAACCUAAACUUCGAGUUCUAUCGAAAAAGUUUCUUGCUAGAGAGAUACAGAUGUCUGAGUCCGGACAUGACAGCGUCGAGGAUGCAAAGGCAGCCAUGGAUUUGGCAUUAAUGAAGAUAAAGUAUGGACCUGACUUUGGUUCACCACCGGAGAUGAUGAGGAAGAAGCUCCUUGACAUUUUAAACGAGAGCGGGAAAACCACUUGUAUUGUAGACAGUGUCAACAUUGUAAAGAGAUAUGCUUCUGAGUCAUCAAGUUCAGUUCCAGUUUCUUCUGAUGACGAAGCACUUUCAAAGGCCAUGAAGGAGGUAAAGAAGAGGGGAUCACAAUUCGUCUGGACACAGUUCUCAGAACUAAAUACACAUUUCCAGAACAGAUCGGAUGAUCCAGAGAAACUAAAUUCCAGACUAGCAGAGAAGAUCUCGUUGCUGACAUGUAGCGACGAUAGAGAAGAUAUCAAGAAACGCCGCAAAAGCAAGGUUUCACCUGAAACGAAGGAAAUCUUAAAGAAGAUGGAUGAAAGAGUCAGUGCCCUUCACGCAGCAUUACCCACAAAUGCAAUGUUUAUAGUUUGUACCGGACAUGGAGACACAUCCAUUGUACACAGAGUGCGGAAAAUGCUUAAAGACGAGGGUGAAAUUGAGUUUAGCCGUGAGAAAGUUGUGAAGGUUCUUGAAGAGCUUCAGGCACAAGCCGAAGUAGCGCUCUGUUUUGUAGGUAUCAAGCAAUAAGCAUACACACACAGUCGCCAAAUUUUUCCUUUGUAUACCUUAUGAGCAGAGCACUC